UCAACAGAGCUCUCAAUCCCAUCAAUACAAAGUUCUGAGGUGAUCCACAAAUCCAACCACCAAAGAGUCAAUUUGGGCUGUUGGCAGAUGGGUAUCGGUAUCGUUUGUUAACCAGCAGGAUGGAGACCACACCUUUAAAUUCUCAGAAGGAGCCAUCAGUGUGUAAGGAUGGAGAAGAUUGCCAAGAAAAUGGAGUUCUACAGAAAGGUGUCCCUGCCCCAGGGAAUAAAGCAGAGGCUGGCCAAAUAUCCAAUGGGUACUCAGCAGUUCCAAACCCUGGUGCUGGAGAUGAAACUCGGCACUCCAUCCCAGCUGCCACCACUACCCUAGUGACUGAGCUUCAUCAAGGGGAACGGGAGACCUGGGGCAAGAAGAUGGAUUUCCUCCUCUCGGUCAUUGGCUACGCUGUGGACCUGGGCAACGUCUGGCGCUUUCCCUACAUCUGUUACCAGAAUGGAGGGGGGGCGUUCCUCCUUCCUUACACCAUCAUGGCCAUUUUUGGGGGGAUCCCACUCUUUUACAUGGAGCUCGCGCUGGGACAGUACCACCGAAAUGGUUGCAUUUCAAUAUGGAGGAAAAUCUGCCCGAUUUUCAAAGGGAUCGGCUAUGCCAUCUGCAUCAUUGCCUUCUACAUUGCCUCCUACUACAACACCAUCAUGGCCUGGGCGCUCUACUACCUCAUCUCCUCCUUCACGGACCAACUGCCCUGGACCAGCUGCAAGAACGCCUGGAACACUGGCAACUGCACCAACUACUUCUCUGAGGACAACAUCACCUGGACACUCCAUUCCACCUCCCCUGCCGAAGAAUUUUACACGCGCCACGUCCUGCAGAUCCACCGGUCUAAGGGGCUCCAGGACCUGGGGGGCAUCAGUUGGCAGCUUGCCCUCUGCAUCAUGCUGAUCUUCACUGUUAUCUACUUCAGCAUCUGGAAAGGCGUCAAAACGUCUGGCAAGGUAGUGUGGGUGACAGCCACCUUCCCUUACAUCAUCCUUUCUGUUCUGCUGGUGAGGGGGGCCACCCUCCCUGGAGCCUGGAGGGGUGUUCUCUUCUACUUGAAACCCAACUGGCAGAAACUCCUAGAGACUGGGGUGUGGGUGGAUGCUGCUGCUCAGAUCUUCUUCUCUCUUGGUCCGGGCUUUGGAGUCCUACUGGCUUUUGCAAGCUACAACAAAUUCAACAACAACUGUUACCAAGAUGCCCUGGUGACCAGUGUGGUGAACUGCAUGACGAGUUUCAUUUCGGGAUUUGUCAUCUUCACGGUGCUGGGCUAUAUGGCUGAGAUGAGAAACGAAGAUGUGUCUGAGGUGGCCAAAGAUGCAGGCCCCAGCCUCCUCUUCAUCACAUAUGCAGAAGCUAUAGCCAACAUGCCAGCAUCCACAUUCUUUGCCAUCAUCUUCUUCCUGAUGUUAAUCACUCUGGGUCUGGACAGCACGUUUGCAGGCUUGGAGGGGGUGAUCACAGCUGUUCUGGACGAGUUUCCACACAUCUGGGCCAAGCGCCGGGAGUGGUUUGUACUCGCCGUGGUCAUUACCUGCUUCUUUGGAUCCCUGCUCACCCUGACUUUUGGAGGAGCCUAUGUGGUAAAGCUGCUGGAGGAGUAUGCCACGGGGCCCGCCGUGCUUACAGUGGCACUUAUAGAAGCAGUUGCUGUGUCUUGGUUCUAUGGCAUCACUCAGUUCUGCAGUGAUGUGAAGGAAAUGCUUGGCUUCAGUCCUGGUUGGUUUUGGAGGAUCUGCUGGGUAGCCAUCAGCCCUCUGUUUCUCCUGUUCAUCAUCUGCAGUUUUUUGAUGAGCCCGCCACAGCUCCGACUUUUCCAAUAUAAUUACCCCCCUUGGAGUGUCAUCCUGGGUUACUGUAUAGGAACUUCAUCUGUCAUCUGCGUCCCCACCUAUAUAACUUACCGGCUGAUCAUCACUCCAGGGACAUUUAAGGAGCGUAUUAUUAAAAGUAUCACUCCAGAAAUACCAACAGAAAUUCCCUGUGGGGACAUCCGUUUGAAUGCCGUGUAACAUGCUUCAGUGAGAGGAAAGGCUUCCCAACAGCCUCUUCCAGUUCUGACGAGUCACCCCUGCCUUCUCCCCUCUAAGUGAAUGAGUUUCCAGCUAAGCCUGAUGUCGGAAGGGCCUUCUCCAUAGGGACACAGUCCCAAGAGACUCUGGUGCCCAGACACUUGUGGCCGCCAACCACUUCUUUCCAUGAAACCUCCUGGACAUAUUACCAUGUUAGAUAGACUGUGCCACAGCUGAUCUGUCCUAUUUGGGGGCAUGUGAGGGUGUAUAUGGAGGUGAUGAAAACCACCCUGUCAUCAGUUAGAAUUAGGCUUAGAAUCAAAUCUGUGAAUGUCUCCUGUAUCAUUUCUUGGUAUGAUUGCUGGUAUCUGACAUCUGUUUGCUUCCAAAGGUUUCAAAAUGCAUCAACCAUGUAGGAGAAAACAGGGAUGCUGUCUUGCUAGCCAUAUAUUUUCCAAGUAGCAUAGAAUUCUAUAGCUGGAAUCUACUAGAACCCACUAACCUGUGUGCCACUGUGGAGUCAGGAAAGGAAGAUGUAAGAAACUAAACUGAAAAAUAAUA